CGAUAAUGUAAUGGAUGUUGAUUUGUUCGAUGACUUCAUAUCCAAUUUCAACGCAAAAAAAACCUUCCGGCGGGCGGUUGAGGCGGUACAAGCGGCUAAUCGGUUAAGGAGUGGUUUGAAGACUUUUAGCGAAAGCGAUGGCGGUGAUACUUUUGUCGUCCACGGGAAUUCUUUGAUUCCUUCGACGACAGAGCAGACGUUCGUGGGACAUGAAAAUUCUAUUUGA